AUGGGGCAAGUGCCCUCCUGUCAGAUGAUGAGGGCGCAUGCAGAAAGUUCGAGGAAGAGGAACCCCUCAGGCCAAGCCUCGAGCCAUCAAAAAAGAAAGCAGGGGGAUCCUGAGGUGGUGGAGGUCGACCCCUUGUCCUUCAGUCUGCCCGCAAUUCAAGAGCUGUCCUCCAUUGACGAACUCUUGAAGGAGGGAUACGAAGAUCAAGGGCGAGGAGUGGGCCAGUUCGAGGGCGUUCCCGAGGGUCAAGCUCUGCUGACGUUCGACCCUCCAUGGGUCGAAUGCGCGGACCUGCCCACCGCAGAGGCGCCGCGACUGGAGGAUGGCAUGAGACAGGCAGUGCAAGCAGUGAACUCCUUCAUGACCGGGUGCAUGGACUUGGAGAGACAGCUGGCCUCGGCCAGGAGGAAGGUUGCCAGUGAGGCCGGCAAAGUUAGAGAGGCUGAGGCGCGGCUCCAGGCCUUGGAAGAGGACAAGAGGCGACUGGAGGAGGACAUCUCCAGAAUGAGAGGGGAGUUCGAAGUGGGAGUACAGAGGUACUUGCGGUCGUCCGAGUUCGCCCUCGGGAUAAAUGACGUCAUGGACCUGGCCAUGGAAAGAGGGGCGAGGAAGGUCAUCAUGGAGAUAGAGGCGUCCCGGAGGAAGAAUGAGAACAUCCAACCCAUCCUCGAUAAGUACGCUAAUAGGGAGAUGAAGGGAAAGACGUCCGCAGUAAGGCUGCGGCGCAAGGCACGGAAGCACUUCCGGGACAUGAACUUUGCACUGCUACCUAUCAUGCAGCAGAUCGCUGAGACUUGCCCCUCCAUUUCUAAGCCCGAAGACAUUCUGGACAUCCCAGGCAGUCCUUCCUUCGUCUUCCAGAUGCCGAGGGGAACUCAAACGCCUCCGAGGAAGCCACCGGGGCCUGACGAGGAGCCGGAGACGGUCGGACAUGCACCACCCACCAAAGGGCACAACUCCGGGAGCCGCGGAGGGGGCGGCACUUCGACUGACUCCAACACCAACAACGGAGACAAGGUGAAUGAUGCGUAG